AUGGAAAUUGAUGGAGAAAACGUCAAGUUCAAAAUCUUCAAUGCUAUGAGGAUUGUUUUAAUGAUGGCACCCAAAUUGGAGCUUAAACCAAUUCAUGAACAUUUGAAGUAUGCAUUUUUUGGAGAGGGUGAAACAUUACCGGUCAUCAUAUCGUCACAACUUUCAACAGAAGAAGGGGAAAAACUGAUCCGGGUACUGAAGAUUCACAAGACUGCCAUAGCUUGGAGCAUUGUAGAUAUCAAAGUUGCUCCGGAGGAUCAAGAAAAGACGACUUUCACAUGUCCAUUUGGCACAUUUGCAUACCGAAGGAUGCCGUUUGGACUUUGCAACGCCCCUGCCACAUUUCAGAGGUGUAUGGGAAUUGAAGUUGAUAAAUCUAAAGUAAAACUUGUUAGUGCUUUACCCCUCCCAAAUACUGUCAGGGACAUUCAUUUUUUCCUUAGACAUGCAGGUUUCUACCGUAGGUUUAUGAAGGACUUCUCAAUGAUUUCUAGACCCUUGUGCCGUUUGCUUCAAAAAGAUGCAACAUUUGAUAUGAAUGAAGAGUGUGUGGUGGCAUUCAACAAGCUUAAGGAGUUGUUAUCAACAGCUCCUGUGAUUAUGCCACCAAAUUGGAAUUUACCUUUUGAGUUAAUGUGCGAUGCUUCAGACUAUGCUUUGAAUUAUUCAACAACAGAGAAUGAGCUUCUAGCUGUUGUAUUUGCUUUAGAAAAAUUUAGAUCUUAUCUGAUUGGGACUAAAGUUAUUGUGUUUUCUGACCAUGCAGCUUUGAAGUAUCUACUCACAAAAAGUGAUGCAAAACCGCGACUCAUUCGAUGGAUACUUCUUCUUCAAGAGUUUGAUUUAGAGAUCAAGGAUAAGAAAGGGAGUGAGAAUGUUGUAGCAGAUCAUCUUAGAAGAAUUGUGCAUUCAAACACAGAGGAAGAUCUCAUCCCUUUAUGUGAGAGUUUUCCGGAUGAGCAAUUGUUUUUAUUAAAGGUCACUGACCCUUGGUAUGCAGAUAUUAUCAAUUACAAGGUCAUAAAAAAGAUUCCAGAUGAUUUUACACGUGCUCAGAAAGAUAAGCUUGUCAAAAUAGCCAAGUAUUACAAGUGGGAUGAUCCUUAUUUGUGGAAAUAUUGCCCUGAUCAAUUGAUUAGAAGCGGUCAAGCAGAAGUAUCAAAUCAUGAGGUGAAGCAAAUUUUGGAGAAAACUGUGAGUCCUAGUUGGAAGGAUUGGAGCAUGCGCUUGAACGAUGCACUGUGGGCUUAUAGGACUGCCUAUAAGACUCAUAUUGGAAUGUCCCCAUUUCAAUUAAUUUAUGGGAAAUCAUGCCGUCUUCCAGUAGAGUUAGAGCACAAAGCUUAUUGGGCGAUCAAAGCCUACAACAUGGAUAUGAGUUUUGUCGAAAAGCAGAGGAAGCUUCAAUUAAAUGAAUUAAAUGAAAUCCGGAAUGAUGCAUAUGAGUCUAGUCGAACAUACAAGGAGAAAUCAAAGGCAUUUCAUGACAAGAUGAUCUUAAGAAAGAGCUUUGUCAUUGGACAGAAAGUUCUUCUAUUUAAUUCUCGCCUUCAGUUAUUUCCAGGUAAGCUUCGUUCUCGAUGGGUUGGUCCAUUUGUUAUAACAAAUAUUUUUCCUCAUGGUGCAGUGGAAAUCCAAAGUGCAAAGACCGGGAACGUGUUCAAAGUGAAUGGGCAUAAACUCAAGCCAUAUUAA